CAGAAAGGCCCAAAGCUUUAACGCCAGAGGCCCAUAGCUUGAAGUAGAUGAAGGAGCGGAAACCCUAGCUUGAAGUAGCCCAAAGCAUUGGCACGUGUAUAAGUAUUCAGUUUUGCCCAAACCCUAAGCUUCCAUCGCAGACGCAAAUAUGCAGAUCUUCGUGAAGACCCUGACGGGGAAGACGAUCACCCUCGAGGUCGAAUCAUCGGACACAAUCGACAAUGUGAAGGCCAAGAUCCAGGACAAGGAAGGCAUCCCGCCGGACCAGCAGCGGCUCAUCUUCGCCGGAAAGCAGCUCGAGGACGGCCGCACCUUGGCAGAUUACAACAUCCAGAAGGAGUCAACCCUCCACCUUGUCCUCCGUCUCCGCGGUGGUGCGAAGAAGCGCAAGAAGAAGACCUACACUAAGCCAAAGAAGCUGAAGCACAAGCACAAGAAGGUCAAGCUCGCCGUGUUGCAGUUCUACAAGGUCGACGAUUCUGGAAAGGUUCAAAGGCUUCGCAAGGAAUGCCCUAACGCCGAGUGCGGUGCCGGAACCUUUAUGGCUAACCACUUCGACAGGCACUACUGUGGCAAGUGCGGCCUCACUUAUGUCUACCAGAAGGGUGGUGAUUAAGCUUUUUUAUGAAACCUCUACUUUUUCCCAUUAUUAUUACAUCUGGAUUAUGAAAUUUAGCUUUUUGUUACUGUUUUGAUUUAAGGUGUUGUGGAUUACCUUCCAUCUAAGUUAAAUUUCUGGUUUAGACUCCUCUUUUGACUAAAUAUUUCUCCAUAAUUUUGAGUUGCGCGGUUUCUAUAACGUUAUGUGCUUAUUAAGUAGUAUUACACUAUUACUUGUCAAAAUACAUGUGCCUUUUUGCUAAAUAGAUUUGUUGAUGAAAA